CCCUACUUGAUUAUUUUUUCGAUAUACAUUGCAUCCCGCCCCUAUUUUCUACAUGAAAAUCUUCGACAUUGCAACCCAUUAAAUAGGAUCUAUUUUCUCAUAGCCAGACCGGUAUCGAAGCGGGACCGUUUGCCUUUUUCCUACGGGUGUGGUCCGAAUCUGAGUUGUCCUAGUUAGCCACACAUCGAAUACUCCGCUCGGAGGCGAAUCCUUCCCGAUGAGUGAUUACUAUCAGCAAUAUCUGUCCUCAGUGGCGGGGACGUCUGGAGAGUCGCCAAACCAAAACUCCCAAGAUGCCCAAUAUCAGUCACAGCAACCCUCUACGCAGAUGGGAAACGUCAGUCCGCCUGUGGCAACCUCGUACCACAAUUUAGGUUACUUUCCCGGCUUCCCUGAUCCAAUAAUGUUCCAGGCCCCUAAAGCUCAAAACAAUCGAAAUCGAAAGAAGAGUACGCCCGGAACAGACCAUGUCAAACAUCGCAGGACACGGUCGGGAUGUUAUACUUGCCGAAGUAGGCGGGUUAAAUGCGAUGAAACCCACCCUAUUUGCGAGCGCUGCCGCAAAGGCAAGAGGGAUUGUGUUUACCCCGAACCAUCUUCUGCAAAGGGGCACGCUUCUGGGUCAGGCUCAUCGAAAGAUCCGGCAUUAACUCAAGAGCCUAGCCCAACCUCUUCACAGGACGAAGCGGACGAAGAAAUUGAGAGAGGCUUAAAGUUAGAGCCAAUUAUCGACGAGGAUGAACCUAGCGAGGGGCUGUCGCCAGCCUCAUAUUCCGUAACAGAACUACGAAGAACGAGCACGACGUCGAUAUCGAAUGCGCAGAGAUCUGGAACAAGACAGAGCUCCGAAACGCCGUCGUACGACGGUACCAAGAGUGCUUCGCCAGCAGUAUCAACGAGCACCUCUGCCAGCUUUACGAUAUCUUUCCAGGUUCCUGAUCCCGCAUUGCAGCCAGUGAUAUCUCGCCUGGAUUGGUCUCAUCUGCCGACAGACCUGCAAUCCCAUUUGCAGUACUACUGCGAAAAUAUAACCCAUUAUAACUAUGGAGUUGUUAAUGAUCCCGAUGGCUUCUUUCGCUCGAUCCUACCCAGUUUGGCCGUACAAGCCGGUAACGAGGCUCUCUUGAAUGCGGUCGUGGGAUUCUCGGCAUACCACCGGACGGUUCGGGACCCUAAUGGAAAAAUCCCCGACUUCUUACGAUACUAUAACAAAAGUGUUACACUACUUCUAAGUUAUCUGAAGAGGCGAGAGAAGCAGAGCAUCGCAACGCUGCUUACAAUCCUGCAGCUUGCGACUAUCGAGGAAUACUUCGGCGAUUGGGUGAAUCUUAUGGGACAUCAAAGAGCUGCUUUUGAAAUUUUGACGCGGCUAUUCACACCCCACUCGAUCAUGAACUCCACUACAUCGCGAAUAUUGCUGACGUGGUACAUCCGAUUCGACGUAUUCGUGGGAAUGCUGGGAGGAUUCGAGACGAAUUUGCCUCGACAAUGGUUCUCAAGCGUGGUCCAAUACUGUCAGGGACAAGUUGAAAAAGAUCCGCAAAAUAUAGGGGUAAAAACAGAGCUUCAUGCUUCUGCUCUACGGCUAAUAUCCAGGGACAUGUCGAUUCUCUACGCAAAAGGCGGUCGAGGCGAGUUUUCAGGCGAAGAUUUCGCCAUGGAACACGAUCGCAUCACGAAACGCCUCUAUGAAUGGAAAACUAGGCUGGAUCCUGCCUUGACCGACCCGAAUUUUCUUGUCACCGAUUUCCAACACAGAGUUCCAUUGAACGAAGAUAAUAUAGUUGAUCCUUACAGGCCAGGUCACCUUUACCGAUUUCCACUGUUCUCGACUACUAUGCUGACGGCGGAAUGGCAUUCUAUCCUAGUUAUGCAUAAGAGCCAGGAGGCAUUCGCGCUACAACAAAAACCAUCAGAUGAGUUAAACACGCUGGCACAUAAUAUAUGUGAAAUAUUCGAAGCCGUACAAUUAUAUCCCUCGGCACCCAACGGUGCUCUCAUCCCGAUACAAGCCUGUCUUGCUAUAGCAGCGCUGUUCCUCCCCCGAGAGAAUAGAUACCAUAUGUGGUUGAGGAGGAAAUAUGCACUGCUAGAGUCAUUAGGGUAUAUUUUCCCGCUUACCAUACGAACUCGAAUGGCGGAAAUAUUUCGCGACCCUUCCUGCAUACAAUGGUGGCUACCAAAUGACGAAGGGUUGAGCCCUGUUCUCCGAAAUAUUCGUGCUUUUGCGGACGAGCGCAACGCAAAUCCUGUUUCUCAACAGACAGAAUCCCUCCGAGAAAUGAGUUCCAUUUUUGCGAAAAUGCGCAUCGACCAUGACGGGGAAGGAAUUUCUUCGCCUGGUGGAUCAAAUAGCGGCACGUCGUCACACUAGGUGAUACACUGUGGGACGACAGGUUAAUGCCAGAGUUAAGCUACGGCAUAGUAAUAAGCAUCACUUGGAAGAUCCGGUCUAUCACUUCCCUUACCGCCGGUUCCUUAAUUGACGUCUUAAUUUUGCUGACCAGCAAGUGAAUACCAAGGACUUGAAGAUUCAGGGUCGAUACGGAUCUAGCCUUC